GUCAGCGGGCGUGGGGCGGGAUCAGGGCCCAUCCUGGCUCUGUCUCUGUCGACUACCAAGAAGGGCGUGCGACCUAACGGGGACCACGCCCUGCCCUGAACCUGCCCUGGACAGACCGCGCCGAAGGGGAUGCAGGGGGCCCAUCGGGCCUCGCACUGCGGAGAAGAGCGAAGCAGGGCUUCCUCCAUUAUCCCUUCACUCACCCCUCCUCGCACAGAUGGGCCCCCUGGAGACUGACAGCUGUUGCCAAAUCCAGUAUGUUACACCCCACCUCCUACCCAGUCAGAUUAGGAGAGUUUCGGCUGGGUUAAAGUAUUUCUGAGCUAGCCUCCCCUGCUCUUCCUGCUUGAGUCCUCAACCAUGCCCAGGCCAGCUCUUCCACACGUAUCAGCAUCUAGGGGGUGUCCACGUGAGCAGCAAUCCUCUUAAGUCCUUAAGAAGAGGCCAAGAAUCUUCUCUGAGAGGCCUUGCCGCUGAAAGCUGGGUGGGCACUCUAGGCCAGCCCUUUUGCUGAGGGAAGUGGGUCCCAGGGGCUAAGAAUGCUCCCCAACUUCUUGGGGUUCACACACAUUCUGAGACACCUGGGAAUUGCUUCUGCCUAGACCAAAGCAAUUACAUUAAAACUUUCACUGUGCCUUCUUCUCUUCAGUAAUUUUAAAUAACCAUGUGAGUUAAAUUUAGAGCAAGAUUUAAACACCAAGGCCACUUGGUAACUUUCCAGAGGACACACUCCUCCUAGUAGACCUGGUGAACAGGCAGGUGUUCAGAGCAGAGACCAUUUGAAGUGGAGGCUAGCUGAUGGCACACCUCAGCCCCACCAUCCAACUGGACUCGUUGUGCUUUGAACUGGACUCAUUGUGCCUUGAAGGAGACUCAGGUCUUCUCUUUCUAGGAUCACAGCUGCAUGUGUAUAAACCCCAAAACAAAACACUACACACUCCUUCAAAGUCCAGGAGAUAUCUGAGCACAGAACCUACUUGGCAAACUACACUAGAAACUCAGUUGGUGACCCAAGGUUCCUUCUUUCACAGCCCAGUCAUCCCAAGGACCCACCUACCCCCAAAGAUGGAUGCAUCUUUCUAAGAGUCAGCAUGGAGAACACAGGCCCCACAGCUGAACUGGCUUUCCUAUUUGCCUCAUCCUCCAAUUCCCUAGCAAGUUCCCUGAGAAAAAGCUCUAAUUAUAGCUAAGCUGUUCUACCCACUCCCACCCCAAGUAGGGCAGGGCCAGAGCCUGGACAAAAGUAUGCCUCCAUUUUCCUGGGGCUGCUGCUCCCCCCACCCCCCUGCCCCUGCCCCCCGCAGAGACCAGUUGUGCCCGUGUCCUCAAGUCACAACAGGAAAAUCCGAGUGUUAGGGACACAGCAUGAGUUCUAGGGAUAAAAAUGACAAGAGUAAAUUCUAGAUCAAAAUUAGGUGAGGACAAGGACAAACACUAGCAGCAGGGAGACUUGUGCCCUGUCCUGAGGUUAUGCAAAGGACCCCUGAUCUGGGCUCUGUAUCUUGAGGUCUCAUGCCAGUGCUCAAGGGUGAGUUCAUGCACACCAGGGGAUGUGUCUGCUCAGAGCCUUCCCUUCUAGUCCAUGCUUUGGUGACUGACCCUGAACUCUACCCACGGGUUCCCAAGCCCAUGGCAGCCUCUUGCACCUAAGCUCCAAGGAGUGGCUGGAUGUUGGGUUGUAGAGGGCACUUCAGUCCAUGUGUCCACGUGCAUGAGCAAGAAACCCUUCAGUACCAGGCAGAUGGGGGAUGGGGAGAGAAAAGUGUUGGGGUGGUAUAGGCUUCCCUCCUGCGGCCUGUGUGUGUGUGGCGAGACUCUGAAGACAAGAGAAAUUCUAAAUUGAAACCUGAUGCUCCAGAUCUUUGACUUUUUUUUUUUUAAGCUUUUUAUAAAGGAAAGCAAUGAAAUUUUAUUUUACUACGUUCUUACACCUAUUUCAAGCUUCAAAACUCAGACACCGUGUGUGCCUCCGUUCAUGCUUUUCCCUGGCUCUCAAAUGUUAGGGACAGGCCUGCCAACCUGUGUUUCAGGAGUUGCAUCCCAUCGGGGCCAGACUGUAGAGAGGCUGCUGGAAAGGCUGCAGGUUUGUGGCCUGCAGCCGGUCCCGCGGGAGAUGGCCCCAGGGGCGCCUGCACUGCUGCUAUUGUCGCUGCUGUCACUGCCGGGUCUCCCGCCUCGCGCUGCCGCCUGCCCCGCCGCCUGCCGCUGCUACAGCGCCACGGUGGAGUGCGGUGCUCUGCGACUGCGCGUGGUCCCUCCUGGAAUCCCACCCGGGACGCAGACGCUGUUCCUGCAGGACAAUAGCAUCGCGCGCUUGGAGCCCGGCAUCCUGGCGCCCCUUGCCUCCCUGCGCCAUCUCUACCUGCACAACAACAGCCUACACGCCCUGGAGUCGGGCGCCUUCCGCGCGCAGUCGCGCCUGCUGGAACUGGCGCUCACUGGCAACCGGCUGCGCGGCUUGCGCGUCGGCGCUUUCGCAGGCCUGGCCCAACUGCGCGUGCUCUACCUAGCUGGGAACCAGCUGGUACAGCUGCUGGAUUUCACUUUCCUACACUUGCAGCGACUGCAGGAGCUACACCUGCAGGACAACAGCAUUGAGCUGCUGGAGGACCAGGCUCUGGCUGGGCUCUCCUCACUGGCACUGCUGGACCUCAGCAGGAACCAGCUGGGCACCAUCAGCCGGGAGGCCCUGCAGCCACUGGCCAGCCUGCAGGUCCUGCGCCUCACAGGCUGUGUUCCAGAGCCACCCCUGAGCUACAUGCCUGCUGCUGCUCCGCCUACAGAGAACCCAUGGCGCUGUGACUGUGCCCUGCACUGGCUGGGAGCCUGGAUCAAGGAGGGAGGCCAGCGACUACUCAGCUCCAGGGACAAGAAGAUCCUGUGUGCAGAGCCCCCGCGCCUGGCACUUCAGAGUCUUCUGGAAGUAUCUGGAAGUAGCCUCAUCUGCAUCCCACCGUCUGUGCACGUGGAGCCGCUGGAGGUGACAGCCAACCUGGGUGAGGACCUGCGGGUGGCCUGCCAGGCUUCAGGCUACCCGCAGCCCCUGGUGACCUGGAGAAAGGUGGCGCAGCCUCGCGAGGGUGCGCCUCGCGCCCAGGCCCAGCCGGAAGUUGGGUGGCGGGGCCCAGGAGGUCUCGGGGCCUCCGACACCGGCAGCGGCAUGCUCUUCCUCACCAACAUCACCCUGGCCCACGCCGGAAAGUACGAGUGUGAGGCCUCCAACGCCGGCGGCGCCGCCCGCGUUCCCUUCCAGCUCUUGGUCAACGUGUCCCGGCAGCAGCAGCUGGCGCCCGCGCCGCCCCCAGCCGGCGGCCCAGUCAGCCAUGAGCCCCUGCCCGAGACGGGCAGCAUGGCCUUCCGUGCCCUUGGCCUGGCCACACAGACGGCUAUCGCGGCUGCCAUCGCGCUCCUGGCGCUCACGGCUCUGUUACUGGCGACCAUGAUCUGCCGCCGGCGGCGCAGGCGUAAAAAGGCGCCGGGGCCUUCAGGGGAGGGAGCGCUCUUCGUCAACGACUACUCAGACGGGCCCUGCACCUUCGCGCAGCUCGAGGAGCUCCGCGACGAGCGGGGCCACGAGAUGUUCGUCAUCGACCGCUCCAAGCCGCUCUUCGCCGAGAGCGCGGCGGAAGCUGCUGAAGCGCCUGGAGUCGCGCAGGGACUUCCACUGCAGCCCCCCUCCGCCUACGAGAUCCACUGCUGAGGGGCGGGGCGCGGGCUGAUGACGUGGGUACCGCGGAUUG